AUGAGUGUUCGUAGAAGCCCGCCAAAAGGAUCGGGAUCAUACCCUGAUGUAUCAAAGCUCAGCGAAGAUGUUCAUUUCAUACAAAAGAAGAGAAAAUUACCGGAUUGCCAAUGUGAUUUUCAAGGGAUGAUGAUUGAUUUUCAAAAUAAAAUUACUACUUCUAUAAAUAAUGUGCUUGAGAGGCAUAAUAACAACAUAAAGUCUUCUUUGGAUGCUCUUCGUGACGAUUUAAGUGAGUUUAAACUGCAAUUGCACGAUAUGAAGCUCACCACCGAGAAAUUAUCAGAUGAACAAACUACCCUAAAAAAUGAUAUUUGCUUAUUGAAAUCUUCUAUGGAGCAAAAUAACCUUAAGUUUGAAUCAAUCUCAAAGGAUAUGCGUGCCUUACAAUCCACCGUCAAUAACCUAUCAGAACAGCAACAAGCGAGGGAACAACAAGGAAGGGUCAAUAAUAUAGAAAUAUCAGGAUUACCUUUUACUAAGGGUGAAAAUUUACUAACUAUUGUUCAAAACAUUGCAACGAAGAUUGGUUUCCCAUUGGCGUCAUCGGAUAUUGAUUACAUCCACCGUGUUCGACGUUUUAACACAAAAAGUAGCGAUAAUACAAAUAUUGCUGAUGGCAGAUCUCAUAACCUAUCCCAGAUUCCUAAUAUAAUCGUUAGGUUUACACAAAGAAAGCGGAAAUCAGAUAUGCUUGCAGCUGUGCGUGCCCGACGUGGGUUGACAACAGUGGACGCUGGUGUGGACGGCCCGUCUAAGCCUAUUUUUAUUAGUGAUCAUUUAUCGCCACAUAAUAAAUUAUUAUAUAAGCAAGUGCGUCUAAUAGCUAAAGAAAAAAGUUAUAAAUAUGUUUGGUUGUCUGAUUGCAAGAUAUUUGUACGUAAAAAUGACGAGUCCAAAGCAUUACUGGUAACUAGUGAAGUUGACCUUACUAGAAUUAAAUUUAGGUAUUUGUCCACGCGCAAUUUAUGUACAGUGCAGGACAAAUUCUUUCCUCGAGAAUUAAAACAACGUUCUUUAUUCAUUGCAGGAGUGGACAUUAACGAGGCAGAAUACUCUGUGUACGUGGGCCGAUGGACGGAAUGUGCGACUGAUUGGAAAGGAGAACACGAUCGCUCGAUUGAGAGAUACAAUACACGUGUCGAAGAAGAUUCUUUGGUACAUACACCUCGCCUUGGACUACAACGCCGUCAAGUCCAAUGCCGAGGGAAGGAUGGACAAUUCGUUGAGGCUAUGUACUGUGGAGCGGCUAUUUCUCACGUUGGCACAACUCGGGUGUGUGUGAUGCGUGAAGACUGUUCCCUGGCUGAAUGGUUACCAUGGCGACCACGCUCGGAUGGCGCGUUAGUUCGCACUAGGAGAUUACGGCGAUUAGCUCAAGGUGGAGGCAAAGAGUGCGAUGUUGUUGAGGAAGUGCGUCCAGCUGCAUUGGAAGCCAGCGCACACUGGACACCUGGACCUUGGGGUCGCUGUCGAGUUGCCCUUUCUCAGCCAACUACACCAGCACCUUCGGACGACGACGACGAUGACGCGGAUGACAGUGACGCAUUGUACGACGACGACGACGACGAAGCCGACGAGCUGGACAAGGCGGGACCGGAAGCGAGUUGCGGUGGUGGCGUGCAGCGACGUGACGUCACCUGCGUCCGCGCUGACGGGAGGGCGUUGCAUCCCGCUCAAUGUGCGCACGCGCCUAUGCCUACACUUGUGCAGCCUUGUGAGGUGCCGUGUCCACGUGACUGUGAAGUCGGCGAGUGGGGCGAAUGGGGCGCGUGUCAACCAAUCGACGGAUGUCCACUUUACCCUGUCCAAGAACUUACUGCUACUGGAUACAGCGUACGUCGUCGCCGUGUGACGUCAGCGGAGUCCGGCGGUGGUGCAAACUGCCCUCCUCUAGAAGAAAAACGUACGUGCACAAUGCCACGCUGUGCUUCGUGGAAGGCUCUACCCUGGGGACCUUGUGUAUUGAGCCAACCACACACGACAUGUGGCCCGGGCAGACGCAUGCGGGAACUCAGAUGCGUUGGACACGAUGGCAAAGAAGCGCAACGAGCUUGGUGCAGCGGCAGUAGCACGCCGCCUCGCAGCGAGCGGUGCCGCAUCGCGUGCCCGGGCGACUGCGUGGUGUCGGCCUGGUCCGCCUGGUCGCCCUGCACCGCUCCUUGUGCGGUGCCCACUCGCCCACGUCCCACUAGAACCCGAACCAGACAGAUUAUCGCCCAUGCUUCACCGAACGGAUGGCCGUGCCCAUCGCAAGACCAACUUAUCCAAAACGAGACUUGCAACAACCACGCGUGUGCCACAUACUCCUGGCUCGCAACGCCGUGGGGACCUUGUGAACGACGUCAUCAGGACUACAUGCCUAUCACCAAUUACACGGACUUGCAGGAAGGAGAGCCUUAUAACGAGAGCGACGAAGAAGAACCAUGUAUAGAAGAAGGUCAAAUUACCAGAAAUGUCAUGUGUGUCCAGAACAACGCUGAUGUGGUUCGUGAUGCUUUGUGUUCACCACUGCGUCGUCCUCCAUCUCGUCGCGCUUGUACAUUAAGAUGUCGAAGGGGAUGCAGAGUCGAAGCUUGGAUGCCUUGGUCACCUUGCCCUAAUACAUGUGAACCAGGCAAGCAAGUCCGCGUCCGCACGGUCCAUGGCGGUCCGAACUGUGGACCAGUGCAGGAAACCCGGGACUGUCCCGUGCCGCCGUCGUGCCGCUCGCGGGACGCGGCGUGGAUCGCGGGCGAGUGGAGCACGUGCCGCUUGCCCCCAGGACAGCGAUGCGGACUCGGAUAUAGAGUUAGAAGCAUCUGGUGUGGUUCGGACUCUCACCGUGUGGAAGCUGGCGCGUGUGCCGGUCAACUUGUGCCGCCUAGUGUAGCCGCUUGUACUGUUACGUGUGACCGUAUCGAGCCACUCACCUGCGAUAUUAUCUGUGCGGAUCCAUUGAAGUACCUAGACGCCUCUGAUCCAGACGUUCCCAACUGUGUUUGCAAGAGUGUUUCUUUGGAAUUACUGCCGGCAGAUUCAGAUUGUAUUUUAUCUCCAGGAAUGGAGUGCGGAGAAGGUCGUACAUUAAGAGCUGCACGCUGUAUGGUCAAAGGUCGAGAUGUGCCUAUGGAUGUUUGUAAAAAAUAUCAUCCUCUAACUGGUCCGCGGCGCGUGCGCGUUGCGUCGACGGAUGGGUUCGCGUACGACGAGGAGUUCCCGGCGCUGGUGCGCGGCGCGUGCAGCGUGCGGUGCGCGCGCGACUGCGCCGCCGGGCCCUGGGCGCCGUGGGCCGCCUGCUCCGCGGAGCCCGGCUCGCGCGCCGCCUUCAGAUUCCGCACCAGGGAGGUGAUAGAAGAAGGCUCAGCCGGCGGUAGGGAAUGCGGCGCCACACUCCAGCGCGCCACCUGCCUCGUGCCGGAACCGAUGUGGGUCGUCGGGGAGUGGUCCAUUUGCACGCCGCAAGACGCUCUUUGCGGCAGGGCGAUCAUCAACCGAACUGUCGUUUGCCAGGACUCAAAUAACGUGAAACUGGAGGACUCUGAAUGCGUGGUGAGCGGAGCGGGUCAACCGCCUGCCAAAGAAGCGACGUGCCGGGCGCCUUGCCCCGCCGACUGCGUGGUCAGCGCCUGGUCCGAGUGGAGCCCUUGCGAGCAGACAAAGUGGGGAGGUCGUCGCGACCGGACUCGCGUGGUACUGAGGCCUGCUGAGGAUGGCGGCGCUCCGUGCCCACACUUAGUUGGAGCGGAGCCCUGCGCGCCACAUACAUACUCCUGGCAUGUUGCGCCUUGGGACGACUGCCAGCCUCUAGGAGGGUCUCCGUGUGGUGAAGGGACAAAGAGGAGGGCUGUUCGGUGCUUACGGAGUGAUGGAGUGUUCGUGAACGACUCAUUCUGUCCUAACGUCACAGCAACAGAAGCCCGCGAGUCGUGGUGCUACGUUCCGUGCGGAGUGGACUGUGAGCUCAGCGAGUGGGGCGCGUGGGACACCUCCGCUUGCACAUGUGGAGACGCUACAGUGGCGCGGCACAUGCGCCGUACAAGACAACGCCUCACGGCAGCAGUAUGGCCGGGGCGGGCGUGCCCUCCAACUGAGCAGCGUGCCCCCUGUCCACGCGAGCCUUGCUUACGACUCGUCGCCAGACCUUCACUUGGCUGCCAUGUUCAGACUUCUACCGGCGACGAAGCGGACAACGCUUGUGGCUGGGGCGUUAAGGUAUCCCACGCGCGCUGUGAGUUGAGCGGAUCAGGAGACGCAGCUGACAUUUACUUGGAACCUUGGCGUUGCGCUUCAGCCUUGCCUGGUCGCAUUGCGGCCCCACCGCUACAUUAUCAAGAGGACGAGACGUGCGAGGUGGAGUGCGGGUGCAAGGAGUCGGAGCUGGGCGCGCCGGGCCCGUGGGGCGCGUGGGGCGCGUGCCGCGGCGGGGCGCGCUCGCGCACGCGCCAGCUGCUCGUGCCGCCCACCAGGCCCUGCCGGACCUCCUCCAGAUACGUGACGAUCGAGUGGGCUAAUUGUACUGGAUCACCGGAUGAAAUCCCAGACCUGUUGGCGGUGGAGCGCGAUGAAAAGCCGCGCCGUGCCUGGCUCGAACGUGACAACUAUCAUGACGGAUAUAUGGAGGGAAGCAGUUCAGUUUUGGCUGUUGUAUGGACUGCGACAAUCGUGCUGAGCGUGUAUGGCGUUUUUAUGAUAUACCGCGGACUCAUAAGAUGUUUGAGAAGCAGGAAAAUGAAAACCAUCACAAAAGUGUAA